CUGCCUUCGCAAGUUGGCGCAGUAUGAAUGCUGUGAGUGUGACUGUGACCAGCAGGGCCUGCCUUCGCCACCAAGAAUAGAGUAAAGCAGAAAGUGAUGGUGCUAAGACUGUAAAGUGGAAUCACAUACAAAGGUGAAUCCUUACCUUACUGUAGGAUUGAAAAGUACAACUUAGGAGCGGAGGCAAUGGUCCAGCCCUGGACCCUGCUGCUACUCCUUGGCCUGGCUCUGUGUUCCGCCUCUCACGCCUACAAGGAACCGAAAACCUUUAACUAUGAGCAAGGUGUGGUAAAAGAACUCUCUCAUUGUCCUGGGCGUUACUGUGGCCGCACCAGGCUAGAAAAUGGAUCCUGGUCGGCUUGUGGGGCAUGUGAACGAGGCCUCCGACGUGACAAUCGGAGUGCUUGUGUGGAAUGCCAUGAUGAGCCAGAAUUUUAUGAUGUUCUCUAUCUUGGCUUUAUGGGACUCCUUCCACUCACAUUCCAUCUGGGAUGCAUUGAUGCUGCAGCGAAAAGAAGAACGUUUACCUAUGAAGUCAUAGCCUUGUAUGGUUCAGCUAUUUUAGAAGUGGGUGUAGCAGCAGUUGUGACACUUCUUGUGACAGAACCCAUUGGCUCCUUCAACAUCCGUUCCUGUAAAGUCAGGAAAUUGGCAGAUUGGUAUCCACUUUUACAUAACCCAAAUCCCAAUUAUGAAGGAAAACUACAUUGUACUCAGGAAGCUGUUUAUCCAUUGUAUUCUAUGGUCUUUGUGUUUUAUACCUUGUGCCUGAUGGUAAUGCUAAUAAUUCGACCAGUGCUUUCCUCUAAACUGAUGCCAAACCGAGGGAAGUCUGCCAUCUACUCUGCUCUCUACUUCCUCCCAGCUCUUAUUGUUGCUCAUGCUAUUGCUGCAGGACUUAUUUAUUAUUCUUUCCCAUACAUGGUCAUCAUUAUGUCUGUGAUAUCCAAUGCUGCUCACUUUGCAUUUCAGCUUGAUCAGUCCAUGCCUGGAUUGUUGAAGGGUUGUGUACGAGAUGUGAGAAAUUUGGUGAUCCUUUUGGGCCACUGGGGCCUACAUGCCUAUGGCAUCAUUGCAAUCACUCAGCUGACAGAAGGUGUGUUACAUGGUUCCCUGUGUGCCCUGGUACCACUGCCAGCAUUAUUCUAUAUCCUAACCUCACGAUUCACUGAUCCUUCUAACAUUGGUUGAGCAGGUAGAAUAAAAUUAUUUUCUGGAUUUUACAUUUUCUCUUCUCAAACAAGAUUGGAUCACUGUGGUAUGCUGAAUCUAAUGAUGAAGAAAAAAUAUUUAGAUAAUAGUACUAUAAUCAUAAAGGAUGAAAUUUACUCAGAUGACAAUAAUACUUGUCUGGAAUGGAAAGACAUAUCUGUAUAGCAAGUGGAAUGAAGGCAGGUAGAUCAUGUUUAAAUGUUUCAGUUGGCUCUUUUAUAGGUACAUAACUUUGAAUCCCUUAUUUUUGUAUGAACUAAUUACCUAUAUAGAUUAGCAGUGCUAAAUGAAAAGCAAUAGUAAAAAACUUAAGGAUUUAUUAUAAUUAUGGCUUGGUAAAAUGUCAUGACCUAACAGAGGUUGUAUUUGAAUGAACUUUUACAUAUAAAGAAUAAUAUCGAAGUUCAUUGUCAAGCAUUAUGACAAUGCUGGCAAGCUUUCACAACUCUUUUAUAAUGUGACAGGAUUAAGGAAAAAUAGAAUUUUGCGAAAAUAGCAAAUUUACACCUUUCACACCUCUAGAAAACUGACCUAAAACUUUUAAGAUUGUUUUCCCUGAAUGCCUCAUACAGGAUAAUUACCAUCAGAAUCUCUGGGAUGUUAAAAGCCAGAGCUGCAUUAAUGGGGAAAAUAUUUCAGUGCAAUUAAUUUGGAUUUGGGCAUCAGUUGAGCAAUGGUAACAAAGCUGUGCCAAUCAGUCAAGGGAGUCCCAUACAAUAGCUGUAUAUCCUAUUUCCUAAAACAGAAGGAUAUGCCCAACAUAUACUUUCCUUACCCCCUUUAAGGUAAUGGCUAGUCUUUCAACUCAUUCAUUAUUCAAUAAAGCAGUUAGUGAGUGUUCUAGUAACUUGGCUCUACCACUAACACACUCACCAUACCUGUGGCUCUCCUAUACAUUUCCAGUCCCUAGUGUCCACAAUAAUGCCAGUGAACAUGUAACCUUAAAUAUUAAGCUAUAUUCAAUAGCUGUGCUAAUAUUUAAUAUAAAUUAAUCUACCUGUACAUCUAAAAUAUCUUGGAAAAUGAGAUUUUCUCCCAAAUUACUGAACAGAGUUUUCUCUGACUUUAUAAGCUGGUGAGGUGGUCUACAGUAUCAAAGGAACUGAUGUAGGAGCUUGUCAGUUAUGUUACAGGUGUUUGGGUUUACAUCCAUGAAAACCCUUACUAGUUUGCAUUCCAUUGAAAUAAUGUCAUAUUUCAAACUUUGGGCAUAGGUAAUGAGAUCUAAAUAAAACUGGUGAAUACU